UGCACCAACACAGUGUCCCGCCAGGCCGAGGAGGAGCACGCAGCGCCGCGCACCGCCCUGCACUAACACACUGCUGGGCAAGACAACCCCACGGCCGUCCCAGCACAGCCCCGCAGACACUGAGAAGAGGAAUACCGGCACGGGCCAGCAGACCAAGGCAGCGCCCAGAGAAUCCCCGGGCCAGCCAGUGCUCGGUGUGGUGGAGUGUGUCGCCGCCCGCUGUGUGCCGUGUGUGUGUGUGUGCCGUGGUGAGCCUCCUGCACGACACAUCACAGCGGCAGGAUGAUGGCCUACGCGGACAUCGACGAAGACAUAGCAUAUGGCGAUGAAGAUGGCGACGAAAUAUCUCCAGACAUCUGGCAGGAAGCGUGCUGGCUGGUGAUCUCCUCAUACUUUGAUGAGAAGGGCCUGGUGAGGCAACAGUUGGACUCUUUUGAUGAGUUCAUAACCAUGACCAUCCAACGUAUUGUUGAAGACUCUCAGGCUAUUGAUCUUCAAGCAGAGGCUCAACAUACCGGGGGUGAACUUGAAAAUCCUCCUCGCCACCUGCUGAAGUUUGAGCAGAUCUACCUAAGCAAGCCUACUAACUGGGAGAAGGACGGCUACAACUACAACAUGAUGCCCAACGAGGCGCGGCUCAGGAACUUGACGUACUCUUCCCCGCUGUAUGUAGACAUUGUCAAGACUGUCAUCAAGGACGGGGAGAAGCCUGUGGAACACAAGGAUGAAAAAAUUUACAUAGGUAAAAUUCCCAUUAUGCUGCGGUCAACAUACUGCCUUCUGAGUGGCCUGACGGACCGUGACCUGCAUGAAGUGAAUGAGUGUCCCCUCGACCCUGGCGGCUACUUCGUCAUCAAUGGCUCUGAGAAGGUUCUCAUUGCCCAAGAGAAAAUGGCCACAAACACUGUGUAUGUGUUUAGCAUGAAGGAUGGCAAAUACGCGUACAAGUGUGAGAUUCGCUCCUGCAUUGAACACUCGGCUCGACCUGUGUCAACGCUGUGGAUCAACAUGAUGGCCAGAGGAGGCAGUAGUGCUAAAAAGUCUGCUAUUGGUCAGCGCAUCAUUGGCGUCCUGCCCUAUGUGAAGCAGGAAAUUCCAGUAAUGAUUGUCUUUCGUGCCCUUGGGUUUGUGGCCGACAGAGACAUACUGGAGCACAUCAUCUAUGACUUUGAUGACCCUGAAAUGAUGGAAAUGGUGAAGCCAUCUCUCGAUGAAGCCUUUGUGAUUCAAGAACAGAAUGUAGCCCUGAAUUUCAUCGGAGGAAGGGGAGCCCGACCUGGCGUGACCAAGGAGAAGCGUAUCAAGUAUGCCCGAGAGAUUCUACAGAAAGAGAUGUUGCCUCAUGUUGGUGUCUCAGACUUUUGUGAGACUAAGAAGGCUUAUUUCCUGGGGUACAUGGUCCAUAGGCUCCUGCUGGCAGCACUUGGGCGAAGGGAGCUGGAUGACCGUGAUCACUAUGGCAACAAGAGGCUGGACUUGGCAGGACCCCUCAUGGCAUUGCUGUUCAGAGGACUCUUCAAAAACUUGAUGAAAGAGGUCCGUAUGCAUGCACAGAAACUUCUUGACAAAGGGCAAGAGUAUGGAUUAGAUGCUGCUGUGAAGCCCAAACUGAUCACUGACGGCCUCAAGUACUCCCUCGCUACUGGAAACUGGGGAGACCAGAAGAAGGCUCAUCAGGCCAGGGCUGGAGUGUCACAGGUGUUGAACCGCUUAACAUUUGCCUCCACGCUGUCUCACCUUCGUCGAGUCAACUCACCAAUUGGCAGGGACGGCAAACUUGCAAAGCCUCGACAGCUGCACAACUCACUAUGGGGGAUGAUUUGCCCUGCUGAGACACCUGAGGGAGCUGCUGUUGGUCUAGUGAAAAACCUGGCCCUCAUGUCCUACAUAUCAGUAGGGUCCCAGCCUGCCCCUAUACUGGAGUUUUUGGAGGAAUGGUCCAUGGAAAAUUUGGAAGAAAUAGCCCCAUCUUCCAUAGAAGAUGCCACCAAAAUAUUUGUGAAUGGAUGCUGGGUUGGCAUCCAUCGUGAUGCAGAACAGCUCAUGAUGACCCUGAGGAAGCUGAGGCGACAGAUGGACAUCAUUGUGUCAGAGGUGUGUAUGGUUCGAGACAUCAGGGACAGGGAGAUUCGUAUCUACACAGAUGCUGGUCGAAUCUGUCGCCCUCUCUUGGUUGUGGAAAAUGGUAAACUGCUCUUGAAGAAAAGACACAUUGAUCUUCUCAAGGAGCGAGAGUACAACAACUUCAGUUGGCAAGACUUGGUGGCGAGUGGUGUAGUGGAAUAUAUUGAUUGUUCAGAAGAAGAGACAAUUAUGAUAGCAAUGUCACUUGAAGAUCUGGGCUCUGAGGAGGAGAAGACUUACUGCAACACUUACACUCAUUGUGAAAUCCACCCGGCCAUGGUGCUGGGAGUGUGCGCCUCAAUCAUCCCAUUCCCUGAUCACAACCAGUCUCCCCGUAACACUUACCAGAGUGCUAUGGGUAAGCAAGCUAUGGGUGUUUACAUAACCAACUUCCAUGUCAGGAUGGACACGCUUGCCCAUGUGCUCUUCUACCCUCAAAAACCUCUGGUCACCACGAGGUCAAUGGAGUACCUUCGCUUCAGAGAGUUGCCUGCAGGAAUCAACUCCAUUGUUGGCAUUGCCUGUUACACCGGCUACAAUCAAGAGGAUUCUGUCAUUAUGAACCUUUCUGCUGUUGAACGGGGAUUUUUCCGGUCCUGCUUCUAUCGCUCCUACAAAGAUGCUGAGACCAGACGUUCAGGAAUGCAAGAGGAGAUGUUUGAGAAGCCAACAAGAGAUACCUGCCAAGGCAUGCGGCACGCCAUCUAUGACAAGCUAGACGAGGACGGCAUCAUCUCCCCGGGCAUGCGUGUGUCCGGAGACGACGUGAUCAUCGGCAAGACCAUCACGCUGCCAGAGAGUGAAGACGAGCUGGAGGGGCAGUCAAGGAGGUUCAGCAAAAGAGAUGCAAGCGUUUUCUUGAGAGGCUCAGAAACUGGUAUUGUAGACCAGGUGAUGCUGACAGUUAACAUGGAUGGCGAUCGCUUCACUAAAAUCCGAGUGAGGUCAGUUAGAAUACCACAGAUUGGUGACAAGUUUGCGUCACGUCAUGGCCAGAAGGGAACCUGUGGUAUUCAGUACCGGGUGGAGGACAUGCCAUUUACAGUUGAAGGGCUCACGCCAGACAUCAUCAUCAACCCUCAUGCCAUUCCAUCUCGAAUGACUAUUGGUCACUUGAUUGAGGCACUGCAAGGGAAACUCGGCGCCAACAAGGGAGAGAUUGGUGACGCUACACCUUUCAACGAUGCUGUCAAUGUGUCAAAAAUUUCCAAUCUGCUGCAGGAGUAUGGCUAUCACUUGAGAGGCAAUGAGAUCAUGUACUGCGGCCACACGGGCAGAAAGAUGAAUGCCCAGAUUUUCUUGACUCCUACAUACUAUCAAAGAUUGAAGCAUAUGGUGGAUGACAAGAUUCAUUCUCGAGCCCGAGGACCGGUGCAGAUUCUCGUGAGACAGCCCAUGGAGGGUCGUGCAAGGGAAGGUGGUGUGAUAUUUGGAGAGAUGGAACGGGACUGCCAGAUUGCUCAUGGUGCAGCCCAGUUUCUGCGUGAGCGCCUGUUUGAAGUCAGUGACCCAUACUCAGUCCAUGUCUGCAAUUUGUGUGGACUUAUGUGUAUUGCAAACCUGAGAAACAACACCUUUGAAUGUAAAGGAUGCCGUAACAAGACACAGAUCUCACAGGUGCGGCUCCCAUAUGCGUGCAAGUUACUGUUCCAAGAACUGAUGUCAAUGAACAUUGCUCCGAGAAUGAUGGUGAAAUAAUUCAAGUCUUCCGAUUCCUCCAUGCCACAUGUUUUUUUCUUUCUGAAUUAAGGGUCUACAUGUGAUCAUUUCACUACCCAGUAAUUUUUUAUCACAUUGGGCUGGCUGAUAAUCUCUGGGCAAUAUCCACUAUAGUGUUCUGACACUGAAUUUCUAGAUCCCAAUUUAACCCGGUAGCAGCAGGGAUCAUGUUUCUUACUGGUCCCCCCAAGUGAAAAAAAUGAGAAAAAAUCACCCCUCACACAAGUCAUUUCAUAAUAUAUAUCAAAGCAUUUGUGAUCAGAUUAUGUAUCAUCUAUUUUGGGCGGUUUAAAUCAUGGCGCAAAUUUGGCCCGUCACUGCUACCAGGUUAACAAUUAUUUAUCUCAUGACCUCGACUGAACCAUGUUUGCCAGCUUUAGAAAGUGAAAAUAGCAAACUUGAAAAAUUUCAAAUGAGUUGAGGCUCCCAAGUUUCUGAGAGAUAGGUUCACAGAUAUUGAAUACAUAAGUGACAUCUGCUAAUUAAAUAUAUUUUCAAUGUU